UAUGUAAACUUAUUAUUGGCGUUCGUUUGUUCUUCCUUCUGUUGCAAUAGAAGUACACGGCUACACAUUUAACUAGCACAUGACCCGUGCUUACAACUGAUUUGCGUACUUUAAAGAAGCUCCAUUGAAAUAUAGUGAAACCUAACACGGUUCAGCAAGAAAAGAUUAAAUAAUAAAAUAUCCUCUCAACAUUUAAGAAGUUAAUACGUCGUAUGAACUGGGAGCUUCAGAACCAGAAGUGAGAGCUAUGUCACUCCAAAAUUAUGACAGUGAUGGUGUUAGGAGCAAGUUUGAAAAAGAUGCCACAGAACAGUAUAAAACAUUAAUGAGGCUGAAGCAGCAACAUGAAGAAGUGGGCAAGGAAACUGAACAGAGAAUUGCGGAACUGAAUACAGUCCAGCAAAUUAGGUUUAACUUAGAAGAUGAUAUAGAGACUCAUAGUAUCCGAAUACAGAAAAAGGAGGAAGUACUGGCCAAGGUACAAGCUACUUUAAAGAAAUUACAAGAAGAAGCAAAUGAAAUACAGAAACAGAUUAAGAAAGAGAAGCAGGAGCAGAUUGACAGUUUAAAGGACUAUGAAAACAAAAUGGCUUCAAUUGCUGAUAAGUUGCGAAGUGGACCAAAAUUUUAUGACAGAAAGAACAUAGCAGCUGAGAUGUCCAGCUUGCAGGAGGAAACAAGUGCCAUUAUUAGAGAAAUGGCAUCAGUUGAAGAGGAACUAAAUGAAUAUCAUAUAAAGUAUAAAGCAAUGUUUAAUGAAUCGCUAGAUAAAUCAGACACAACUGGUGGAUGCACUCUUGAGCUGUCAGCAUUACAACAUCUUAUAUCUCAGAUGGCUGAAGACACACAGUUGUAUAAUUCAGAAGACAAAAGACUUUGUGAAGAACUGAAUAAUUUGUCUCGAAUGUUAAAUGCCCUUGAAGGAGACCUUAAAGAACUGCAACAAGGCCAUAGCGUUCUGAAAUAACAUGGUCCUUUUGUAUGUUAUAAUUUGUUGACAUUGCAUUUAUUCAGAAAAUGAUACUGUUUCUUGUUUCAUAUUCUUGUCCAACUAUCUAUUCAUGUUUGAACUUGCCAUAAUUAACUUUUAGUUUAAUGUUCACAUUAUGAUCCAUGGCUUUCAACUUCAGUACAUUAUUAAUGAAAGGGCAGUUCUGAUAUUUAUCUUCAAUAAUGAAUAAACUGAAGGGCAACAUAUUAUCUUUUCUUAACAGUGUUUGCCAUAAAUAUUUCGUUCUGCGUUAAUGUUAUAUACUGUCUUAUGAUUUCUGUGGCAGUAUUUUCUAGAGCAGUCUUUUAAAGAAUGUAAAAUGUAAAGUUUCCAGUGACUGCCUCCAAAUACAGUUUUACAACUAAUGUACAAAAUGUAUUCAUUAACCCUUUAAAGACCGAAUUCUUUCCAAAC